AUGGACGAACCAACGACCUACGAAGCUUUGGUACAGAGGACGGAUUGCCUACGACCUUUCGUACCAGCAACAGACCUCUCGAUAUACAAUGCCAUCUUCCCAGCGUCACCUCAUCCCAAGAUUGCCGCCAUAGCUUCCCUGAUGAACGAACUCUAUACUCUCUUCGUCGAUAUGGGUUACCUACCACCUACCUCUGUAUCUUUUGCUCCCCACACCAACUGCCCAAUCUCCCUGAAACAUGCUGCUCUCUUCGGACUAGAAAAACAAGUCGUGGAUCUUUUGCAAAUGCUUCCUUACUGGGACGGCACAGGCCCUAUCUUUAAUUUUGGCUCUGACCAAGGAGAGUUUUUGUAUUGGGGCGAGUUUGAUACUGAUAUCAGGGGAGAAGGGAAGGAGUAUCACUGGUGGAGAAAGUGUGCAGACCCAUGUUGGUAUUCUGACGUCGGACGGGAGGGAGCGAGAGCGAUUGGGUGGGACCUGAGAUGUAAAGAUGUUGACGANGGAAGGUGGGAGAUUGAGGAAGAGGAGGAAAAGGAGAAGGGUUGGUUGAUGAUCGAUGAACCUGAAGAUGACGAUCUCGAAGACGCGGACUGGGUUGAAGAAACGACUGAUGAUAGACAGGAUGGAGAGGCGACUAACGAUGAGGACAUGAUCGAUGCCUCCUUCUCCGACUUCGACGAAGAGCCAAUCCAAGCAGAAGAACUUCUUGUAUUGAAACAAGACACCGUCCUAGCAAACGCGGAAUCAGAGAAACAAAAAGCAGCAGAAGUAAAGGAGAUAGAGGAGGAAGAGACCAAGCGGAAAGCAAUCAUGGAGGACCCUAGGGAUGAACGUCUCCUCCUUUACAUGCGUCCCUGGCACGUUACACUCAACAGCAUCGGCAAUCAUGGUACAGUCCUCUUCCUCAACACCCACAACUUCACAAUCUCCCAAACUUGCUUUGGCAAUGUCUGCGAUUUCAGGCACAACGCAAUACCCUAUCUCCGUAACAUGAUCAACAACUUCAAAACCUUGAAGUGGAUGCCUGGUGGACUCUAUUCAGGAGAUCACGAUAAGGAGAGAUAUACAGCCUACCGAGACCUCUACAUCGAAGCGGGAUGGCCAGAUGCAUUCGACCGCGAGCAGUUCGAGAUAUCGAGGAAGAAUUACGAAACUGAACGUCGCCAACGCUACAGCAGACAGAUGCCUUUGAGGGACCUAUCCGAGCAUGUGUCUAAAAUGCGAUCGCGCGAGCUCUCAAAACUCCGCUACCACCACGCUGUUGAGAAACUAGCCUCCCUAUCUCCCGAUGCCGACGCAGACGAACGCAAGAAUCUAGAACAGGGCAUUGAUCGCUUCGGAAGAGAGUUUCUACCCGCUCAUUUUGAGCCCACUGAUAACGACAUGCUCGAACGCUACAGAACUACCCUCAACGACAUGCUCGAGAAAGGCCAAACGGGGUCACGAUUUGAGAAUCAGAAGGCGGUGGUAGCAGAAAUGGAAUUUGAGGCGCAAGCCACCAGCUUCGAAGAAAGGGAUUGGUUGCUCUAUGAGCUUAGGAGGAAAGAAGCACUGGCUGUUGAUGCAAAGAUGAAGGUAGGCUUCGAGUGGAAGUGUACUUGGAAAGGCGCACCCAUUGAUCUGGUUGACGUGGAGUUGACACCGGAGAUUGUCAAGGAGAUGGCGAGGGAGAAGUAUGAGAGGUAUUUGCCAAAACAAACUCCAAGCUCUAUUUAA